CUAUUCGGAUCCAUUAUGAUGUUGAAAUGUAAAAUUUUUCUUCAUUACAGAAAGUUUUGCUAUUUUUCUGUUAUCCAAGUUAUGCAAGUGGUUCAAAGAAACUCCGAAGUUUCAGCGUGAUAAUGGUAGCGACCAUUGGUGUUUACAUCAAAAUUCGUUCAGCAUGUAUGUGAUGAAGUGCUAUUCUACUAUACGUACUGGGCAAGAUAAAUCCUUUCAUCGCUCACUAAUUGAAGUCAUUUCGGCAUUAACACUUUUAAGUUUAAUCAUAUCAGCGAUAAAGUAUAGACCUAAAUGAUGAAAAAAAAUCAAAUGAUAUCUAAUCAGUUCGUAAUACUCAUUUCGUCUAUAGGAGUCGAGUCAAUGUUCAUAAUUAUGACUGAUAUUAACCGGAAAGGCUCUGUCUUUUCCUCAUUGAUGUAGCAUGUCAUGAUAUUUACCUCUGUCAUUUUUGCCUUUGCUAUCAUCACCUCUGCUUUUUUUUUACCUCUGCCAAUUUUACCUUUUAUCAUUAUUACCUUUGUCAUUUUUAUAUCUGACACUUUUACCCCACCUUUGCCAUAUUCUCACCUUUGCCAUUAUUACCCGGUACCCAGCAUACCACCUUCUCCGAUCAGUCUGUCAGAUCAACCAUUAUACCUAACAUAAUAUGAUCCGGAAUUUGAUCAUGCCGGAAAAGACUUGUCGUGACGUCAUGUCAUCAUGUAUGUUUGUGGAGUGCCACCCUAACAGUCACAAGCCAUGUUAAUACAAGCGUUGGGAAUAUACAAUGUAACAAAAAGACCACUUGGUGAAAAUGAUAAUACAGUGCAUAGUCAAAUCACGAACAUUUUAAAUGUACCACUUGUGGUGUUGAGGAUGAUGGGUCGAAGGUCAUUUACGGGUCAAAGGUCAGGUUUUUGUUCAUUGAACAGACUUGGUAUCCUUUCUUGAUUUCUGCAUCACUUGUGUUACACUUGAUAUAAACAAUCCAGGUGUAUGUUCACAGGGAUGAUAGGGUCAAAAUAUUAUUUUUCAUUUUUUUUAUUUAUUGCGAAAUCAUACGAGACUCGUGGCUUGCGAACCACCUUGUUUUAAUUGGAAUGCGAAUUUAUGAUGUAUACAACCUCGAAAAAAAAAGAAAUCAACAGGCUCAUAUUACUGUAGUUUAGCUUUAAACCUGGUCUAAGUGUGGGGUAAAACUACGUAAAGCUAUUAUCAAUGUUUGAGUGCCAAAAUGCGAUGACAAAUGGAUCAUAUAGUUAUGGAUAAGUGCGUCACAUCUGUCUCCUCAUAGUGGAACCCCAACUUUAGACCAUGUUUUUUUUCAGAAUUCUGACCACUAUAUUCGUAUUUGAAAAAUAUACUUUUAAAGUUUGUCCUGAUUGUUUUAAUGCAUUAAUAAAUCGAUGCGUCAACUAUUUAUCAAUGUUACGUUCUCUGCUUAUGCCACGCAGUGUCCUGAUGUCACCAUGCCUGUAUCUCUCAGUGUCUGGCGUGUCAGGAUUGGCACGUAUCUCAGGAGGUAUCGCAAUGAUCCAAAGAAAGAAACUGAACAAUCUGAAGAAAAUGACAAUGUCAGUAGACAGAAUCCGUCUUCCAAUGUUUCUUCAAGAGGUGAAAAGAGCAAAAUUGUUAGUAAGUCCUGUCAACAACACUUGUCUUCUUCUGUAGACCUGAAAACGGCCAAAAAUAAAUCUCCAAGUGACAUGAAAAAGGAUGAUGUGUGUUCGGAGACUCUGUCGACCUCGGCCAUUCCUGAUUGUGACACCGCCAACGGAUCUCCGUGUGAUACCAGAAACCUCCGUAAUAUCACUCAACAUGCUCAGCACGGAUCUUUGAAGGGUGCUGAUGAUCGUACUCUAUCAACUGGUUCAACAGAGAAGGAAUCCAUUCCCGUCUCUGAUCCUUUUGACACCAAGGCUCCAGAGCCUUGUGACCUAGACGAGUUGGACAUGAGAUAUAUAACCAUUAAUGGCGCAUCACCUGCUAGCCUCUGCAAAUCAACUCAAAUAAGUGAACCAGACCAACAUGUUGGCACAUCGGAGUCAUACUCACAGGUAGCUAGUUCUCAGGACGAGGGCAAGCAUGACGAGAAAGAGACAUCGAAUCCCUUACUGUCGGGGAUACUUGGCCUAUCUUCGCCUAGUAUUAAUCUAGAUACGUCUGGCAACACUGAGCUCACAUCGUGUACGAGGGAGAUCGCAGAGUUUCAUGGAACACCAAUCUCUCCAGUCAGCAGAUCACGUUCACCCAGCGGUGGAGCAGAUGAAACACAAAUGAAUUCAUUCUCUUCUGGUAUGACCAACGUGCUCCUCCUGAGGUCCGGUGACGUGGAGCAAAAUCCUGGUCCAAAUACCGACCCUGGGAAUCUAACUGAGUUCGAACUCCAUCUCCUUGCUGACGGUAUGGAUCCAUCAGACUUCAGGAAGGUUGGACUAGCUUUAGGAUUCACUGAGGCUCAACUAAGUCGAUUCAAGGAAGACAACAUUGGCAACAUAAUGCAAGCUAUCUAUAAGAUGCUUUGUGAAUGGCUGAAGACAGUACUACAAGAUGAAGCGAGGGAGAUACUAUCCAACAAGUUAAAAGAAAUCAAUCUCGUACAGUUGGCCGAUUGCGUACAGAAAGGUCAGGUUGGUGAUCACAUACCCUCAAUGACAGAAGAGGAAAUUCAACAGGUCAUCAACGCGGUCAAAGAAUAUUCGUCCAUUCAUCACUGUCAGAUUCCAGCUGAUCCACUGAACAGAUCCCUUUUAUUUCAAUUAGACCGGAUCUUCACCAACUUAACGUUGAUGGAAGAGGAUAAGGGAACAACCCAUAAGGCACUGCUACUCUACGCUGACCUCCUCAAGACCAAGGUUAACGGGAUUCUUCCUAAACGUUUGCUAGUUGAAGGUGAAGGGGGUGUGGGGAAGACAACUCUUUGUGCAAAGAUUGUUUGGGACUGGAUUCGUGCAUCCGACUACCAAGAUUACAAACUGGUCCUUCUCGUCCUGCUUCGUGAAGCAAAGAAUAUGACUAUUGGAGAGAUUAUAAAGUCUUACCUCCCAGACGACAUUAAGGUUACAGUCAUGCAGCUAAACAAGUAUGUCUUCUCACAUCAGAAAGAAGUAUUUCUUGUUCUGGACGGCCUAGACGAGCUAGCUGGUGAUCUUAACAGCUGUCAUCAAAUCGCCCUUAUCAUCCUCAAUCGGCUGUUCAAGUCAGGGAAAGUACUAAUUACAUCAAGACGAUGGAGAUCAGAUGAGAUACGGAAGAUUACAGAGCUUAGAAAGCUGUAUGCUUUCAUAGCCGUGGAAGGUUUCUCUGAUGAAAAUCUCUCUACCUACGUCACCAAGUUCUUCCAUCCAGACAAAACUCCAGCUGAGGAGUUGACCCAAUUCAUAUCAAACAACGAUGUGAUCAGAGAGAACAUGGCUCCAUACCCCAUAUACACAGCUAUGCUGUGUAUCAUGUGGAAAGAAUUCGAUGGCGAACGUCGCAUAGCAAUGUCGAAAUUACAAACAUUUUCUCGGCUCAUUAAUGAGAUGGUCCAAUUCUUGGUCGAUCAUUAUCUCUCAAAGCUCAGUCUGACGUCAAGAGACGAGGAAUGGCAUGUUCAGCGUGCAGACAUACUUCUCCAUCUAUCAAACAUCGGUUGUCUUGCCUUCAAGGGCCUCAUGGAAAGACGACUGGUGUUCACCGAACAAGAGUUCAAGAGCUGGCCAGGGUGUGUAAACACAGGUUGUCAAGUUGGAGUACUCACUAAACACAAACCUAUCCUUAAGAGGAGACACCAAAGAUACACUACACAUCCCACAUACUUAUCUGUGCAGUUCCCCCAUAAGCUGUUUCAGGAGUAUCUAUCAGGGAUGUAUCUGGCAUCUCUUCACAACUCAAACAGAAGCGAGUACGAUAGGUUGAUGAAGGAUAUAGGACAUGCACGUGAAUUCCGGGAGCUUCUGUACUUCACUUCGGCCCAACAGAAGGAGGUUGGAUUGGAUAUCAUAACUCGUCUCAUAGCAUCAACGUCAACACUAUCAAUGGGAUAUGAAGAUGACUACAUUGUCGAUGUAGCAUAUGAGAGUCAAGACCAAACAGUGGCCAGAGCUGUGGCAGAUCGUCUCUCGACUUCAUCCAGCAACAGACUUACGAUCAGGAAGAAUAUGCAGGCCCACACGGUAUCAGGACAUAUCUUCAUCUUGAAUCAUCGUAAAGUGGAAAAACUGGUAAUUGAAAAGCCAUGUGGACGGACUGCUUCAGAGGACCUGGCUGAAUUCAUGUGCUCCUCAAACACCCUGAGCUCUGUGACGAUCCGUAUCCUUAGACACCGAGGGGACAUGGAUGAUGUGUUCUACUCGGUGCUUGCUCGGAACGCCACUGAUACAAAGAUUGAGCGUCUUGAUAUCAAAUUCUUUGAACUCAGACAACGUCAGUCUGCAUCACGUGAUCUCGCUCAGUUCAUUUCUAAGAUGCCUCAUCUCAGGGAACUUUACCUCGGUAGUCAACACUGCAGUUCUUCAUUUCAUGACGAGUUCUAUUCAACGGUAUCAUCCUUAGCAUCGUCUGCAAAGGUAUCUUUUCAGUUUCUUAUUUUCGUUUUCUUCAUGUUUCAAAGCAUUUUAUUCCCGUUAGUGCAAUAUGAAGUGAUGGGGAUAUUCACUUUCUUAAACAAAAAUUUGUAUAAUGAUAUAUACCAGAGGAAUGAUAUAUCAUUAUAGUUUGAAAAUUGUGUAUAGGCAUAAAGCGCUUGGUCCAAUUUGUAUUAUAUUAUUAUUCCGUUGAACAUUCUUAAUUAUUAUCAUAAUUUAAUUAUAAUCCGUUAUUUAUUCCAGGGAACCGAGAUCAGCAGACAUUGCUUCGAAGUGGAUUCCCUUUUCUUUUACGUCUUUUAUUAGGUGGUCUGUCAUUAAGAUGACAGAUCACCUAUUAUAUUCGUCAGAAUUUUCUUUAUUUUUAUUGCCAAAUCUUUGUCCACCUCUAUCUCAAAAUCGGGCAUGUCAAUUUCCUUGAUUUUCAUGUCAUGUAUGGGCAUCAUUAUGGACAUGGGAAUGGAAACUUUUCAAGGUUAUCAAAUCUUGAUGACGUCAUCUAGGCGCCAUUUUGUAAAAUUAAAUGAUUGAUCAUAUCAUCGCAACUAAUCAUC